UGUAGGUGUUGAUCUCUGUCUGAGGGGUUGGAGCAAAUGCGGUUGUACCUCAGCGCUUGGCUGUAGACAAUGGAUCGUGUGGUGUGUCUGGGGUGGAAGCUGGAAGCCACCCCCCAGGAGAUAUGGACCUCCCAAAGAAAGGGGACAUGAACCCCGGGAGCGCUUCCAGGAGGCAAGGGGGUAUCGGCCUCCAUGGAAUGACCCCCAGGGGGUGGGGAUAUGAACCCCCAAUUGAAAUGCGCAAAGUGUGAGCCCCAGAGUUCUCCUGCUUUAUUAUAAUACUUUGCCCUUCUCUAGCUCCUUCUAACCAAGGUGCUCAGCCCACAUUAAUGAGCUCACACCCAUCACCAUGAGGUAGGAAAGUACAAGGCCUAGGUACAGCUGACGAAGCUAGCGCAGAGAGGAAAGGUGAUUUGGCCAAGAUCCCACAGCAGCUCAGUGGUAUAGCAGGCGUUGAAUCUAGGAGUCUGGGUUUUCCACCCUUGGCUUUGAGGCUUACACACAUUAUCCUGUAGAAAUGGGAGGAUUAACUUUACCAUAUUCACACUUUUGAGGAAUUAAUGAAAAUUGACCUAGCAGUGAUUGUUUCCAGCAACAGAGAGAAGCCAAACAAAUUCCUUAGCAGCACCCAGAAAACUACUACAACUCACCAUCUGAGCCUCAAAGGACCAGAAAAGAAGCAGACACUGCACAGCAACUGGGAAGGAACUUCAUUAUUUAAAAAACAAAUUGAAACUAACUUAUCUCCAUAUAUAGAAGAGAGUCCCAGCAUUGAUGACUUAGAAGAAAGUUUGCGGAAACUUAAAGUUCAGGUGGACAGUUUGGCCUCAAGUCUGAGUUUUGACCCUCAUCAAGAUUAUGCCGUAGAUUCUGGCACUACAGUCAACUCGAGCACCUUUAAUUCUACGUGGCCAAGAUUUCAUAAUGGGACCAAUGCAGAGGCAGACAUUGGAGAUUCACCAAAGCAAUCAGCAGAGUCAGAGUGGUUUCUGAACCCAAGACAUCUAGUCAAACCACUGGGAGAGUAUCCAACACUAACAAGCUUAGGCCUUCAGACAUUCUCCACAUCACCCGUCAACCAUGUGCCAGGGCUCCUGGGGAGUGAGAUUGCAAGUAGGAACUAUGUGCCAUCACUGGAUCUCGCACAUACAGAGUCUUUCCCAGUGAAGCUUGGUGCUCCUCAUGUGAUUGGAGUCAGGUCAUUGUUGCCCCCUAAAAUCCCAGUGCAGGAUUGCUCUCCUGAAAGGUCCCUCUCCCUUGAUCGUUCUGGGACCAACCGAUCCCGUUCAUUCUCUCCGGCUCCCAAAAGAACCCGGUGGCUAAGAUCUCGCUCACAGUCACCUAGACCCAUCUGGAGACCAAAUUCUGCUAAGGCAAAUGCCUGUGCCCAGCCUCCACCGCACUUUGGCAGGUCCAGGUCCAGCAGAAAGAAAACGGCUUCAACCAGACAAUCACGAUCCAGAAUAUACAAACCAGGAGCCCUGGCUGCCAGGUCCUGUACUCCGGCCAGGAUGAAUAUAAGAGGAACACUGAGCUAUUCUUGGAGUCCUUACAGUCUGCCCUCCACUGCUGUAGCCUCACCAACAGCUCAGGAGAUUAAUGAACGGUUUUUGCAGACUCUUGCAGAAGGUGCUGUUGGGAGGUCCCUGAUAGAAAUGUCUCCGUAUCAGAAGGAGCUGGCUUGUCUCAGGCUGGAGCGCCUGCGUGUGGAGGAGGAAUGGCUAUUAGAACUAAAGAGGCAGCAAGAAUUGGAGCGAACUCGGGGUCCAAAACCAAAGUGGUAUGAGAUGAAAAACUCCCAGUUUCAUUAUGAAGCCCACAAGAGUAACGAGUUGCUGAGGAACAGCCAGGACUUGCAGUCUGUAUAUAACUAUAGGCAGGAACUAGCAGCAAUGUCCAAGGAAUUCCAACAGCAUUUGAAACCUGCUCACCUGCACUCUCUCUAGUAAUAACAAAAAUGCAUGGGAAGAGCUCUAACUAACCUGUGGUGGUAGGAGAUGCAAUCAGAGACUCCAGCCUGUGAAUUCUGGGAGGCCCAUGUGCUGUGCUUAAUGAAGACGAAACAAGAUAGUGGAGAGGGGAAUUCUUUAGACCCAGUAGCCUCUGGGCC